AGAUCCAUUCAUCAAUGAUAAUGGGAGUCCAAACUUUCAGAAAAUAUUUUCUUCUGAAGUACAGAUGGAUGCUCCUGGCCUUAGUUUUGUUUGGUGUAUGCUUCAUGUUUUACAGUGCCAGCUUCACUGAUCACAUAACCUGCACUUUCGCAGAUUUAAAGAAGAAAGUCUCCCCGACCAUGGCUCUGAUACCCAACAACAUCACUCUGAAAUAUACGACUGAGCCACAUAAGCCUACCAGUGUCUGCUCCUACCAUUCUGUGUUACCCGAGGACACUCUUGAGUCUGAAUUUUUGAAGGAGUCCAUUACCUGGCCUGAAACACCGACUCUACCGUCUAACUUUUCUCUGAAUGACACCAGUGAUCCUGCUCACAGCACCUUUACAAUUCUUCCAAAAAAUGACAGUCAAAGUUGGCGUUUAGGCGAUCAGCUUGAGGUUUUUAUAAAAAUGAUGGACUUCCAUAGCCGUCCCAAAAAAUCAGGGGGAGAUGUUCUGCUUGCUCGGCUGCACAACCCUACCCUUUCUGCAGGCGUGACGGGGCAAGUGUUGGAUCAUCUCAAUGGUUCCUACACUGCUACAUUCCCUUUACUCUGGGAAGGAAGUGCACAAGUUGAGGUAACCCUGGUCCACCCCAGCGAGGCAGUCACUGUGCUAGAAAGAAUCACCCAGGAGCAACCUGGCAGAAUUUAUUUUAAAAGUGUUUUCCGCUCACAUUCAGUUACUGAAUCUACCACUUGUAAUGUUUGCCUAAACGCAACCCUGGAACAGCUUUGCAACUACACUGAUAUUCGCACAGGCGAGCCCUGGUUCUGCUACAAGCCAAAAAAACUUAAAUGUGAACACAGGAUCAUCCACUCAUCUGCAGGAACCGAUCAAAAAUUAAAGCCCAUGGAGGACAAGCUCUUUCAAAAGGGAGUCAACAUGAAAGUCUUCAUUCAGGCAAGAGGGCCUUCCAGCAUCACUAUUCUACCCAAACUAAAAGGGAAAAGUGUGAGGACUCAACAUGCUGGUUAUUACUACCAGGGAGAAUGGCGAGCACUAGAUGGCACCACGGUUCGCCAGUUUACCAACAACUCUGCAAUUAGCCAGUGUCUGAAAGGCAAGGUCUUGCACCUGCUUGGAGACUCCACCAUUAGGCAGUGGUUUGAAUAUUUAAUCACAAACACUCCAGAUCUCAAGAAGUUUGACCUCAAAACAUCAAAGCAGACAGGACCUUUCAUGGCCUUGGAUUACACAAAAAACACCUUAGUAAAGUUCCGCUGCCACGCUCCUCCUGCUCGUUUUCGUGACUUGCCAGUUAUAAAUACAGGUUACAUUGCAAGUGAACUGGAUGGUGUAGUUGGUGGCAAAGACACUACUGUAGUUAUAGGAGUCUGGGCACACUUCAGUUCUUUUCCUGUUGAGGUCUAUAUCAGACGCCUGCUGAGCAUAAGAAGGGCAGUGUUGCGGCUUUUGAACAGAGCACCAGAUACAAUGAUCAUCAUCAGGACUGCUAACCCCAAAGCACUAACACUGUACGAUUCACUUACCAGCAGUGACUGGUUUGCAAUUCAACGUGACAAGAUACUAAGGACAGUAUUUAAAGAGGUCAAUGUGCGAUUUGUUGAUGCCUGGGAGAUGACCUUAGCCCACCACCUGCCACAUAACCUCCACCCACCUCCUCCCAUAAUAAAGAAUAUGGUAAAUGUUGUUUUGUCCUACAUAUGUCCCUCUGAUGGUAAUUUUAAAAAGCACUAGAAUAGCCCAGGUAAUCGGACAGCUGCUGGUGAUUACUUAAACUUAGUUACAUUAUGAAAAGGCAAAACAAUAGUAAAUAAAAUGGGGCACACAAGGGUAGUGUAGCCAUCAGUCUAUUGCAAAUACAUGUGUGUCCAAAUGAAGUUGCUUACCCAUCCAAAUAAUUGCAAUCAGUUGUGAAAAUUACUUCCUGAGGCAGAAAACAUUACUCUCCUAACACCGCUGCUUUACUCUGUGUUCUUACCUAUGUUCUGAGCAAAUAAGAACUCUUGUUACAGUCCAAAAUCUCUAUCUGCCACAAGUGAGGCAAUAGCUAUUUUUGAUAUUUGUCAACUCUACACAAUAAAUUAGACAGUCAUAGCAAUUAGAAACUGUGUGUUCAAAAUUUGAAUCCCAUUUCUGCUACAAAGUAUGUUUAAUUAUUGUAGAUCUAGAUCAUUUUAUUGAUAUUUUUUGUAAAAAUACUUUAUAAUAACUGGCUUUAAAAAAAAUUAUUUAACACGUCAUCUUUAAAGUAACUUGCUUUAAACUGUUGAAGAUUACUUUCUUUUUAUUUGACUGACUUUAAGAUAAAAAGGGAAAGACAGCAGUGAGAUCUUCCCCUGACAUUGCCAAAGACUCAAGGGCCUGAUAUAGGGUGAGAUCUUCUUAUAUAAUUUGUGCUUAUAUUAAUGAUUUUGUUAAACAUGACAGGAAUAAAUUAUGUUCAUACUUAACCACGAUUCCUCCUAUGUAUACGUUAUCUGAGAAACAAUAACUCCAUUGGAUUUGGACUGGGUAAAAAGGGUUCUACAACAACAAAAUAUUUACUACUUGUUUCAAACUAAUUGUCAAGUGGUUAUAUGGCUUUUAUGUAUAUGCGUG